AACAAAUCGGGUUAUAGGGCUCGUUCCGGACUUCCAUUGUGGAGGUUACCGUUGUUCUUGAAUGUGGAUUUCAGAAGCGGAUGCAUAUCUAGCACGGCCACCACAAAAAUUUACCAUAGACAAUGACAACAGCAGUGCCCUUGUUACUGCCCGAGCACCCGGUGGAGCUGAUGCUCUCAUGCACAAUCAAAUCUUACGGGCGCUCUUCGCAGCAUUCCUUGAUGUUUUUUGCGAGUCUAUGCCAACCAGUAAUGGAGACUACCUAAAGCAUGAACUCGGUCUAAUGCUAGCGAAGAUGAACAUCGUGCCUGGUGUCGUUCUUUCGGACGAAUUCCUUUCACUUCGCAGGAAAUUCGCCAGUAUGGUCUCAGGAGUGCUUAAGAAUUGCUUCUUUCCGGAUCCUACUUCAGAUUCGAGAAUUCGUAUGGAAAACUUUGGGGCACUAUCGAGUCGCUACGCCGUCGAUUUCCAAGAAUUUGAGCGAAUUGGGUCAGGCGGCUUUGGAACUGUCUGGAAGGUUAAAUGCCUCAUCGAUAGGUGCUUCUACGCCGUAAAGAAGAUCCCACUAAAGACUAACAGUACUCUCACUGUCAAACUUUUGAAUGAAGUGCAUCUACUAGCUAGUCUUCAACACGAAAAUAUCGUGCGUUAUCAUUGUGGAUGGCUUGAAAUGCAUCUUCGAGAACCUGCAUUACCUCGUCAAAGCUCUUCUCAGAAUUCAGUUAUCAUCACAGAAGUUGAAGAUGAUGAGUUAGCAAUGGAGAGCCCCCUCUCUGCUGCUCAAGUCGCAUCUUCAGAAAACGAACCUGCGUUAGACAAAAGCUGUGGAUCUUCCACAAGUAGCAGUUUAUCUUCGCGCAAACCAGGUCGAUUCUGGGCCCGUCGUAGAACUGGUUCGGAGGCAUUCAGUUUCUCUCAGUCGUCGGAAUUAUUAGCACACGCAUCAACGAAUCUGAAUAAUGCAGUAAAUGCGAUCACAGUUCCCUCUCAAGCAUCCCCAUCGAUAUCGCAGAAUUUCUGGGGUAUUGAUCUUUACAUCCAAAUGGAACUCUGCACUUCUAAUCUUGACAAAUACCUAAGACGGCGAAAUAAAAAGGCAACGUCCACUACUGAUCAAGAAAUUGUCGUCGAUGGCGCCUUCAAUUACGAAUUGUCCGUUCAGAUGUUAUCUGCUUUGGAGUUUAUUCAUCAAAAAGGCAUUAUACAUAGAGACAUCAAGCCCAGCAAUAUAUUUCUGAAACGUCACAAGGACAAGCUUCGAUUUCUCCUUGGCGAUUUUGGACUUGCUUGUGAACAUCAUGAAGUAGAGAACGAGAUUAUGAAAGAAACUGGAGAUGCUGUGUCGUUCAGAGUGAAGCAUACUUCUGGAAUUGGGACUAGAACAUAUGCUGCACCAGAACAACUGAAUUCUGGUACGUAUGGUCCUGCGGUAGAUAUAUUUGGGGCUGGUCUGAUACUCUUUGAAGUCUAUAGCGUUUUCUACACAAGCAUGGAGAAACUAGAAGCGUUUGGCAUUGUUCGUGAGAGGAAAACGAAGGACACUUUUAUUGAGCGAUUUCCAUCUUUAUUCAAGGACUGGCCUUCGAUGGCGCAUAGAAUAUUCGAUAUGACUGAGAUGGACCCGUCAAGGAGGCCCACUGCUGCUCAUUUGGUGCAAGAGCUUUUGAGCGUGAAGUCGAGCACAGUGGACGAUCUCAAAGCUAUCAUCUGUUGUCAGAAGAAACAGCUUUCUGCUGCGUAUAAAAUGAUUCAUAAACUUCAAAAACGUCUCCAGGGUAACAGUCACGCACUGGAGAAGGCAGCAAAGUAGACAUUUUUUUUCUUGUCUCAAGCUCAGCAUCUACGGUUAUUUCCGAGCUAGGAGUUUUUGUUGACGAACCAGGGUAAUGCUAUCGCCGACUGAGUCACCAUGUGAGGCAGCAUGCAUCAACAUUCCAGUGGAGAAGAGAACACUGCUUAAAGACACUGUCCACCCAAAGUGGGGGUGACGAGUUUAUGAUGGCGUACUAGCGUGUGCCCCCACACUAGGCAAACCCCCAAGUUGGGCAGCAAAAGAUUGUUUCCGC